AGUUUUUUAAGACUAGUUUCCUGUGAGGCGGAGGGCGGCCGGCUGUCUUUGGGUUCGCUGGCCUGGAGAACGAGCGCUGAGCAAAGAGCCGCAGUGUGAGCGAGACCAUGGUGAAGGUGGGAUAUGCGACACCGCGCCUCUGGCAGUGACUCCAGCGUGGCAUUUAAAUCUCCCUAUAUCCCCGGCAGCAUGAGUGAUAAUAAGGGAGAGGGAAUUAGUGAGAUAGACAGCCACAUCAGUAGGAAAUAUGAAAUACGGCGCAGGAUUGGCAAAGGCGCGUACGGGAUAGUGUGGAAGGCGAUCGACAGGCGGACAGGAGACGUGGUGGCUGUGAAGAAGAUAUUUGAUGCCUUCAGGAACGAGACGGACGCGCAGAGAACCUUUAGGGAGAUUGUGUUUCUGCUGGAGUUUUCUUCGCAUCCUAACAUCAUCAGACUCCUCAAUGUUCUGCGCGCCGACAACAACAAAGACAUCUACCUCGUGUUUCAGUUCAUGGAGACGGACCUGCACAACGUGAUCAAGAAAGGCAACGUGCUGGAGGACAUUCACAGACGGUAUAUCAUGUACCAGCUGUUCAGAGCGGCACGGUAUCUUCACUCCGGCUCCGUCAUACAUCGAGACCUCAAGCCAUCCAAUUUGCUGGUGGAUAGCGAUUGCCGAGUGAAGGUGGCGGACUUUGGCCUGGCUCGCUCCGUGGAACCCUGUGCCCAUGUGGAGCCCCAGGGGGAUCCCACCCUCACCAACUAUGUGGCCACCAGGUGGUACCGUGCCCCAGAGAUACUUCUCAACUCAAAGAGGUACACGCUGGGGGUGGACAUGUGGAGCCUUGGGUGCAUCCUUGGGGAGAUGUUACUGGGCAAGCCAAUGUUCCCGGGUUCCUCCACAAUCGACCAGAUAGAGAGAAUCAUGUCUGUCAUUCCUUCUCCCAACAGAGACGACCUCCACCACGUGUCAUCCCAGUACGCCUCCUCACUGCUCAACAAGCCCCACAGCACCAGGACGCCCAAGACACUGAGGGACCUGCUGGUGGGUGCUCCCCCAGAUGCUAUUGACCUCCUGGAGAAACUGAUGGUGUUCAACCCUGACAAGCGACUCACAGCUGAACAGGCACUGAGGCACCCCUAUGUAGCUAGGUUCCACAAUGCAGCCAACGAGCCGUGCCUGGCCAGGGCGGUGGUGCCGUGUCUGCGGGACGACGUGCAGCUUAGUGUUGACAUCUACCGCAAUAAGCUGUACGAACUCAUCGCCUCGCGCAAGACUCGCCUCCGCAACUCCACCAGUGGCGAGCGUCUGGUGGAGGGUGGUGGCACCAGAAGCACCACGCACAGCACCUCUGGCCAGGGGCGGCGGACCAGCCAGGUGUCCACCCAGCCUGGCACUGGCCCAGUGAAUGGCAACACCACAAACAACAACAACAGUAGUCAGUCUGGCAGUCAGUCCGGCCAGCCCAUCAAGGUGAAGGUGGUGUCACGGAAGGUGGAGCGGCCAGCGGUGGUGAGGGUGGAGGAGGGCAGCCGGCGAUCCUCCAAGGACAGCGACAAAUCCUCGGCCAAGUCCAGCAGCAGCUCUAGUCCAGGAAGCAGCGGUCGCCACAAGUCCAUAUCGCCACCAUUGUCCCGUCCCGACCACCACCAGCACGGCCAGCGACCCCACCACCACUCAGAGACACACAGUAGCCUGGGUCAGCGCCACCGCAGCCUGGAGGGGUUCAGCAACACAGGGUUGGGCCCUGUGGCACGGUCUGGUGGUGUGACGGUAACUCUGGCAGCGGGUGGGGGAGGCACAAGCUCAGGUGAGAAGCGCGGACCGUUCGCUCGCUCUGUGUCGCUCACCUUCCCUGCUGCUAGCGAGGGCUCACCCACCAAGGUUGUCACUAGUUAUAACAGACAAACAGCGAUACAGAAGACAAGCCCCAAUAAAAAGUCUCCGCAGGCAGUGUCCCCAGUGAGCGGGGGGCAGAGAGGGGGAGGUACCAUCACCACCAACAUUGGCGUGGGGGGAUACACUCGCUCCCCCACCAAGUAUCCAUCCGGCACCACCACCUCCACCAGUGCAUACACCAACAAGGCCGCCUCACACCCUCUCUUUGCCACCUACUCCCAGCACGCCACAAUCUCAUCCACAGCCUACAGGGAACUCCGGCAAGGUGUCAAGUGAUCAGAGGUAGUGUGAGGCACCUCUUGUCCUGCUGCCUUAUACUCCUACUCAUUCUGUCCACUCAUUGUUUCAUAUCCAUGCCUUGUUUCUCAGUGUCUCAUCUCCAUCCUCCUGACUUCACUUUUCCUUCUCCUUUAUUGUUUUUAAUUUUUUUGUCCUUAUCCAUUUUCUUUUCUGUGCUGUCUUUUUCUUCUGCCCUUUUGUUUUGUUUUGCUUUUUUUUUCUAUUAGUUUCUUCUCCUUAUCUUUAUCUUUCCCACUUUUCUUUUCCUUCUUGUUCUUAUCAAACCUCUCAUCUCCCAGCGUUGAGUCUUCACUUCCUCUUUUUUUCAUUUUCUUCAGCUGUUUUACCUUAUAUUUUCUUGUCCUUGUCUUCCUCUUCUCUCGCACACAUUCUUAAUCGAGGCAUUUUUUCAUCUCACUUAGUUUCUUGUAAGCAUCCACACACACACACACACACACACACACACACACACACACACACACACACACACACACACACACACACACACACACACACACACACACACACACACACACACACACACACACACACGUACUGUUGUAAGAUGCACCUGUAAUCUUAACUACUAGUAUUAGCAUUUGUACAGUCAGUUCUCUACUUUAUAUACUCAAGGAGUGUUAAUGUGCAACUCAUUAGCAGCCGAGGAGAUGCACUUGCCUCCCUCUCUCUCAGGCAUCCUCAGCCAUCCACUUCUCACCACACAUAGCUCAGUGCAUUACCUACUUGCAGCUUGAUACUGAUUCUGUCUAUUCUUGUAAAUACUUGCCUAUGUAUACUACUAGUAGGAUUUUGUAAUAAGAGAGCUGGUCCACUCACUCCAUUCCUCGUUCGUACAAUGUUCUUAGUUCCGUAGUGACAGGAUGAAGGGAUAAAAUGAUGCAAGGGUUUGUUUUUUUUCCUGUGCCAUAGAAGAAGACAUCCACAUUAGUGAUAAUUUAUUUCUCAGCUAGUCCACUUGUCAGCACCAUUGUAGCAUUCAUAAUUACUAUUGUUAUUAUUAUUAUUAUUGUUAUUAUUAUUAUUAUUAUUAGUAUUGUAUUAUCAUUAUUUUUUUAUUUAUUUUAUUUUUUUUUGUAGGGUGAAGUCUGUCAUUCUGAUGUACCAUACAUUCCAUCCUCACCUACCGACACACACACACACACACACACACACACACACACACACACACACACACACACACACACACACACACACACACACACACACACACUCAGUUGAAGUGGUAAGACUCAGCAUGCAUUACAAGACUCCAUAUCAGGGCUAAUUUUAAUCAUUGUUGCUGUGAGCAAGUGGUGAAACACCCUCAUGGGGCCUCCAGCAGUGUAUACUUUUCUUAAUCCUGACCUGCUACUCUCCACACACAAACAAGUUUGUAGUGUAGUGCAGAGGUGUGAUAUCAUGCAUUUCUUGUAUUGGUCUGUGUAGAACUGUGAGCCUCAGUUGUUUAUGCAACAGAUCUGGCUGUCUCGGUGGCUCUGCUUGGCACCAUCAGGCUCUGUUCACACUGGACAGGGUUAGACAUGCAUUAACAAAGACUGAUAGUGUGACAGAGUAUGGAGGGCAUUCACAGUCCACCACUGAGGAGAAUCUGUAACAGUGUGUGUGUGUGUGUGUGUGUGUGUGUGUGUGUGUGUGUGUGUGUGUGUGUGUGUGUGUGUGCACGUGCACAUGUGUGUGUCUGUGUGUGCAUUGCCCCACACACUACCUUUGUGUCUACCAAUGGUAGUUGUGUCACUUUUUACACCACCCUGUCCUUGGCUUGGUGUGAGUGUGGCAUCUGACAGACACACUGAUCAGCAUAAAGUAUGAAGUAGCUUGAUGAGAAUUGAUGACACAAUGCAGUACAUUAUGUGCCUUUGCCAACAGAAGCCUGAACAGACCACGUCCCUCCAUGAGCCCCGGCCAGGCUGCCUUGCCAGUCACUCAGAUAGUGUGCAGGUGUCGUCAGGUUUCCUUAGUUGUUGCAGGAUGGGGAGGCAAGAAGCAGGAUAGUGUAAUCAAAACAUUGAUCUCUGAUCUCUUUUUAUUAUUUUUUUUGUGAAAUGGCACUGCAUUGUGAUGCCAUUGUUGUGGUGCCUUAAGUCAAUCAGCUAUUGCCAACCACAGCAUGUGCCAUACAAUUCCUGUGUUGUGGUGCCUUAAGCCAGUCAAUCAGUGUGUUGUCAGCCACAGCAGUGCCAUAUGACCACCAUCCACUAAUUCAUAAGAGUUAAUGACAUUUUUAACUGGGUGUAUGGAAGUAAAGGGUGAUGGUGAUGACCCUCACCACUCCACAAAAGUUGAAAUCAAAGGAAGACACUUGGAACCUUGAAGAGAAGCUUGUGCUCACUGCCACUGUGAAGACACAGAUAGGCAUGACUCUCAGGCCUCUCUUCUCACUCCACAUUAAUGGUUUGUUGUAGUGGAAGUGUGAGAGGAACAAAAUGUGUGUGUGUGUGUGUGUGUGUGUGUGUGUGUGUGUGUGUGUGUGUGUGUGUCAUAAUUGUGUGAUGUUGUGUCAGGAAUUAGAAUCUCUAUGAAGGGAAGAGGACAAGUUUGGAGUCAUUUCAUAUUAAUUGAUUAAUUUUUUUAUUCAUUUAUAAAAGGUCACUCACUUGUCACAACCCUUAGAAAAAGUAUGUUGCUUUAUUUUAGUGACAGGUGUCUUGAUGUUCCUUUCCUUAACCAGUUCAGGUCAAAAGACAGAAGAAAAAAAAAGAAAAGAAAAAAGCACAGGGUUUCAGAAUUUGGCAGAGUUUCAGAGUUGAUGAGUUUACCAAUGCUUUGUCUUUGUAGCAAGCGAUAAGAGUGGGGAGGAAAGUGGUAAUAUUCAUGUACCACUGGCUUGACACAGUAAACCCUUGAUGUAGUGAAUAUCAGAUACAAAUAAUGAAUCCAUUAAGCCUAUGAAACGAGCCUCGCAUUUAAUGAACUCCAGAUCACUGCAGCUGGAGUUUGCCAAGUGUAUAUCAGAAAGUGGUUUGGAUCUGCAGGAGACUGACUGCUAUGACCACUAAAAGGAUAAAUGUUAUUCACUGGUCCAAACACAAUCAAUUGAUCAAACAACAGACUUGAAGUCUGUUGUUUGUAUUACCUUGCAGAGCUGUGCCGUAUUGCCUAGUGAUAUGCCUUAUUUAUUAACUUGGGUGUUUUUUAAAAGUCUUACUGUACAAAUGUUGUACUCAGUGAUCUUUUGAAUGUAGCCACCAAGUUGCUUGUUAUGCCGAGGGUUUACUGUGACACAAGAGUCUGUAUAGGAGAAGAUUGAAAGCAUUCAAAGGAAGGUGUUUUUGACAUGCAUUUUUGGUCUGGUUUGGUUAGAAUGAUCAGUCCUGAUUUGGUGCAUGACAGAAGGUCUUUCAUGUAGUUCUUAAGGCCCUGCUUGGGGUGGGAGGGAAGGUAGUACUUAGGUGAGUAGGUAGGUACUAUAGGUGUGCCAUACAACGCUAAUGGCUGACUUUUGCACUUUAGCUGUGAUAUAUGACCGUAUGUAUGUUUGCAUAUUAUGAUUUUCUAAUCAUUACUAUUACACUUUUGUUAUGUUCAUUUUUUGUUACUACUACUACUACUACUACUACUACUGUAUUUACAAUUAUUUUUAUUUUUGUAUUUGUUUUCCUACAUUGUCAGAGCCCAGCAUGUAUGUAGAGCUCUGAGCAAGAAGUGUUACUUAACAUGCAGUGUUUGUGCAAUGGUACUGAUCUCAAGCUUCUAUGCCACUUCUGUUGGUGUGCAGGUCAUGUAACAUAAUAAUUUGUUGCGGUAUAAGUGAAGUACUGAACUACAUAACUUUUGACUAUUGCCGUGUUCAUGCACAUUACUGUCUAUCCAGUAUUUAUUCCGAUCUCAGAAGAGUUUCCUUGUGUGAUCCAAGACAUAUCCUGAAUAAACAUAAACAGACUAC